AUGUCCUCGUCCAGCACAGAGGACCUCUAUUCACAGGCGCUUACAUGUAUCAAUAACAAUAAUUACAGCGAGGCUGAGAUUAUACUUGAUAAAAUAUUAAAGAGAGUGGAGGAAGAGUUCGGGCCGGAUCACGCUGAUACAGCACAGUGCUUGAUGAUGUUCGGCAUGGUGCUCGCAUCGGUAGUAACAGCUCAGGGAGGAGAUAAGCUUCCGGAAGCGGCACGUCUGUGUGAAGAAUGUGUUGAUCAUGCUGAGCGCAUUCUGGGACAUGUUCAUGCCAACACUGCGAAUGCAUAUCUCCAACUUGGAUAUACCCAAGUGCAGGCAGGGAAGAUUGGAGAGGCUGAGGAGGCUCUGAGGUGGAAAUAA